UCGCAAUGCGACAUCAUUCGUUGCCAAUCUCCAUUUAGUUCCUUGCACUGUAACGUAGUGCUUGUGGUAUAGUAUUAUCGUACUGCGCCUCUAGAAUAUGGACCCCCUCUCUAUUGCGGCAAGUAUCGUUGCCCUCGUUGGGGCCGCGAAGGGCUCAGUGGAAGGCUUGAAGAAACUACGACGAUUCUACAAGUCUCCAGCAGAAAUCGAUGCUCUCAUCAACGAGAUCGAGGAUCUCCGCCUCUUGAUUGUAGAUAUUGACAUAACUCAACACGAGCACACGUUGUGCACGGAUAUUCCUGCACUCUCGAAAAUCCUAAACGAUGCCAAAGAACAGCUGUUUAGGCUUGAUGAAAUAAUGGAGCAUCGAUUAAGGCCGCACGGAAGCUCCUCUAGAAUUGCUUGGAUGAGAGAGAGCUCCAAGAUUACUGGUAUCCGCUCUUGCGUCAGAGAGAUCAAGUCGAACUUGGUUCUACUCCUAGUCAGAUUGAGUACGACACAGGGAUACAGGAACUUCUCAUGUCUUGGCCGUGUUGAGAUAUCACUUCAACAGAUAUCACUUUCGACACAAAGCGUACUCGUCAAGCAAGACUCUCUUGAAGAACGAUUUCGGGAUCUUUUUGAAGCAUCCCAGAGUAUCCCUCCCAGAAGCAGCUCAACCAGCAGCUUAUCCAGCGUUGCCCAAGAUGCCCGCGCACAAAUUUCACCGAGGUCUGGCCAGAGCUUUGUUGAAAUACAAGCAGCACGAUAUGUCGAUCACAAUUGUGACAGAUGGUGCAAGUGUGCAUGCCACUUGAAGAAGAAAUGGGCAUCUCCUCAGGUUUUAGACCUCGUCGUUGGCCAGUUACUGCUUGGUUACACAGGUUUCAUACGUCCUCGUCAGAAAUGCACAAAGCACUCCUGCCGGCAACAGUCGGAUUUGAAAACUCAAGUCACGUAUCGCUUCCCUUCAUGGUUCGUGUCACUGAGCAUCUCGGUAAUGAUAGCGAAGAGGGCAAUGCAGACGCCUGAAAUGCUUGUCCGAGUCCUCAGAGUUAGGCCCUAUGGAUCUACCGAUCUUUUCCGCUUUGCUACGCAUGGCAAUAUCGAGAAACUGCAGGAUCUGUUUAACAAGGGCGAAGCGCCUCCUUGGGACGUUCAGCCCGAUGGCCGCAAUGCACUGCACUUCUCAUUUGGAGAGUACAACUUAGACACGUGCAGAUUCCUGAUCAGUAAAGGUGUAGACGUGAACUUCGAAGAUCAGAACCAAAUGAGCGCUCUUUCACACGCAUGGGACGGAGUUCUCAGCCGCGUUGCAAAGCGCGGAGAGCCCGUCGCAACUAUGGAGCAGUUGCGGGAGCUCUUCGGGGACAGCGACUACAUUGAGUCACAGCGCUUCAACAAGCUGCACAGACUUGUAAUCGGUCUCGAUCACGGCGAUUUGGAGGCUACGCUGCGCGAAGGGGAUUUCGACGCCGACGACACUGACACCCAUGGGCGGACGCCCCUCUACUGGGCCGCGUCUCGGGGUGAUUUCGCAAAAGUUCGCCUGCUGCUCGAUUACGGCGCAUCUCCUAAUGCAGGCUUGAGCGUCAUCACAGGUGUAGUGCACCAUUUUGAGUUCGAGAGAAACUCCCUCGGUUUCACACACUUCAGCAGACUUGCGGUUGCCAAGAUGCUCGUUGAGGCUGGGGUUGAUGUGACGGUCAAAGAGAACGAUGGGUAUACGCCGCUUCAUGCCGCUGCGAGACACUCUGAGGGACAUGAGUUCAUCAAAAUGCUGCUUGAGAAAGGGCUUGAUCCCUCAGUGCACAAUCUGUAUGGACAGACGCCGCUACAUGACGCGUGUGGCCGGAAUCAUGUCAAGUGUGUUGCAGUGCUGAUUGAGAAUGACGCAGAUAUCGACAAGACUCAUGGCCCAUCGAGACCCCCUAUUUUCGACUCGAUUGACAGGUAUAGUUAUGAGUGUACAGAGCUAUUGCUGAAUGCAGGUGCGAGCCUGAAGUUUGUGGAUGUGCAAAGAAACAGUCUUACAAUUCUACACUGGUUGGCUAAACACGGUGACAGAAGAACAUGGCAGAUAUUCGGAUCUGUGGACUUGGCAGGCUUGGACUCAGAACAGAAAAGUGCGAAUGGAGAGACGGCGAUCCAGCUUUUUGAUCGCGAGCGUCCGGGCGCAGAAUCAGGUAUGCGGGAAGCUUUUAUGGUGCUUUUAGACCGUGUCAGAAAUUGCAACGGUUCGAAGGAGGCUUCGCCGGAUAUUCAGAUAGUUGGUAUUGAUCAUGUAAAUAUUCCAGGAGCUUGGAUUGACGAGCCCGAGACUUGAUGCCGGGCGAAGGGGGUAAGGAGCAGGGGGUGGCAAUACACUUAUCAGGUGAAAGCCUAGAACGAAUGUUGCGGACUUUGUUCAGAGUCGUAAGGGAGAGGGAGUCUCUUGGUUAGCUCCCCCUGGUGGAUCUGGCUGCUCCGUUCAGCGCAACUGGCUUGGAAAAAGAGCUAUUACGAGAAGCCGAUGUUGAGGUGAAGCCGGUCAUGAAGUUCCGCCAUGCCAUGAGUUAUGGUGGUCAGCGGCCAAUUUUAGCUACAACCCAGCCUAGCCAAAGCCGGCUUCUAGUAGGCUGGAUGAGAACCAACGAUGAAUCCCGGUAUACAGGCCAAAGAGGAUCCUGGUUUUUGAGAAUGGGUAAAAAGUUUCAUUGGAUUGAAAGGAUUUGCACUGCCUCGAAUACGGAGUAAUCUCAGAUACGACGCGUGUGCAAAUGCAAGGUGUGC